CGUGGCGUCCUGCCCAACGCUUUGCCCCUCCUUCCCCCUCUAUUGCGUAUGUUUUGACCGCUGCCGCCAUCAUCCCGGGCAUAAAGGCAACAAUGAACGGCCACGCUGAACCAUCCUCAAGCAUGCUGGGGGCAUCCGCAAGCACGACAGGCCGACAACUCCAGGUCGCGCCGAAGCCCAUCCCCGCACUUGACCUGCCCGCGCUCCAGAACGCUAGUCGCGUCCUACAGGAGCAGCUUCACAAGGACGCACAAAUUUUGCCGGACUUAAAUGAACUACUCACAGUUCCAGGCGUACCAUCGUCCGCGUCAUACAGUGUCUUUCCGGAUGAUUUCCGCGUCCCCUUCCAGAAGAGGAGGCUUGUUGGUAUCCCGGAGGGGCUAUUCCAAUAUUACAAUACCACCAGCGUCACCUCACAUAUGGGGCUGAUGCCUGAAAUCGAGCGUGUAUGGAUCACGAUUGACCAUAACUUAUUCUUGUGGGAUUAUGUUGAAGGCCAAGAGCUGAGUUCUUUCGUGGACCAGCCUGAUGUUAUAACACACGUCGCCCUCGUCAAGCCUAAGCCCGGCGUCUUCAUAGACGAGAUCACGUCUCUCCUGGUUAUAUGCACACCUCUCACCGUACUGCUCAUUGGUGUCUCCACCACGCCAGUCACCGGGCCCAACAACCGUCCGCGCAAGGACAUCAGGAUGUACGCCACUGACAUGUCGAUACCUUGUGAUGUGGAGAUGACGUCCGUGUUUGGGACCGACGGUCGCAUCUUCAUGUGCGGCGUCCAAGAUGGAUGUCUUUAUGAGUUGCAUUACCAGGAGAAGGAGGGAUGGUUCGGGAAGAGAGUUCAGAUCAUCAACCACUCAGUUGGAGGUGUGCAGAGCCUCAUUCCCCGACUGUCUGCACCGAAGUUGGAAGACCGCAUCACAUCUCUUGUUGUUGACAAUUCUAGGAAAUGCUUCUACGGGUUGACGACGAAGAAUACCAUCUUGGUGUACAGCACGAAUGGCGAGAAGAGCGUGCAGCAUCUUCAAACACUCUCCAACUUGUACAAGGCCGCACAAGACAAGGCGCCUGGUUCACCUGCGUUGACUCCUCAAAACUUCCAGAUCAUCUCGCUGCAUGUCAUUGAUGCAUCAGAAGCUCGAUCCGGAGUCCAGCUGAUGGCGAUGACUACGAACGGUGUUCGACUAUACUUUGCGCCCUCCUCUGGAUUCUAUGCGUAUGGCUUCGCGAGUGCUAGCGGUGCUCCAACUAGCUCGCGUCCACUUCAGCUCAUGCAUGUGCGCCUUCCGCCUGCGAACCUGCUGCAUCCGGACGAACAAUCAAACCCGUAUCGGCCUUCGGCCUCCAAUUAUGGGAUGUCGCAGGCGCCGCCACCGUCCGCCUCACGACCAUACAUUGUCUCUUCCCUUGAGAAUUCGUGCUACGACGCCGGACUCACCGUCGCUGCCCAGCCUGGCGAUGUGGACGGCACCGACUUCGUUUUGUGCAUGUCUCCCGACGUGACUCGAAUUGGCACACUCGGACAACUCCACGGUCCCUCGCCUCAACAGCAGAACCCACAAUACGCAAACACGUCCUAUGGAGCUGCCCCUGGUCCCAGUCGACCACCGCUCAUUGAACAUGCUACUCUGCUGUCGAUCCCCGGACGGACUUGGGCUAUGGCACCUGUUCCUCGAAGUGCGGCUGCUGCGGCUGUCGCCGGGCCGUCCAUUACACCCGCUCCAGUAGUGACGAGCGAGCUGGCGUAUCAGUUCUCUGAGCCGACCCGGCAGUUCAUGAUCCUCACGAACGUCGGGCUGACAUUCCUGGCCAAGCGAAGGUCGUUGGAUUACCUGAAGGAUGUCAUCGAGGAGUUCCAGAUCGAGGGCAACGCUCAACCGCUCAUCGAGUUCCGCGACAGCUUCGGUCGAGAUCAGACGUGCGCGAUGCUCUUGGCCAUUGCGAGCGGGAAUACCUUCUUGGACCCUUCUGAGCCGUCCCCGCUAGGCAACAUCAGCACUGUGAGCCCCGAGAUUGCAAUGGUCGCCAAGCAGGCUUUCUACGAUUUCGGCGAGCGGCCGAUGUGGUCAGAGCGCGUAACAUAUGGGACGACUGAGGGAUCUGGGACGUCAAUCUUCAGUGGCCGGCGUGAGGGUCUUGCUAUGUAUUUCGCCCGAUUAGUGAGGCCAUUCUGGAAAGCCAGGUUGACUGCACCGGGCGCCUCGGGCCUCAGUGUACCUGACGAUGUCCUGAUUACUACCCAGAAGAACCUCUUCGCUUUGAAAGAGUUGCUGGACACAAAUCCUCACCUCUUCCACUCUGCGCCAGGGGACCAUGCUGGUGCGCGAUCAACGACUGCCAGUGAACAAGAGGCCUGGAAGGCGGAGCAAAGUUCAGUUUCCCAACUCACGUCUCUCCUUGGGCGGACUAUCGAGGCGAUAUCCUUCAUACUGCUGCUCAGCGACCACCGGCUAGGGGAGCUAAUCCGACAAUGCGAACCUGACAUCCAGCGACUCGUCACAAGUAUGACCUUCGAAGACUUGAUCACAGACGAGCAGGGCAUCGCAUCAUCUAGAGCCUUGGUCAACGUCGUGAUCAACCAGCAGAUUGGUCAGCAAAUCAGCGUGGAUACUGUCAGCGAGGUCUUGCAGCAACGAUGUGGCUCAUUCUGCAGUGCCGACGAUGUGAUGCUCUACAAGGCAAGGGAGAACAUCCGCAAGGCGAUAGAGACGCGGAAUCCUGCAGAGCGUCAGACUUGGCUUGGCGAGUCGCUAAAGCUCUUCAUGAAAGGCGCUCGCAACCUCGAUUUCGAGAAGCUUCGGGAGAUUUGUGGCGACUACCAGCAGCUUAGCUAUGCGAAAGGCUCUGUGGAACUGCCGUUGCACUGUGCGCAAGCCUAUGAUGCCGAUGGCCAAGGCCAGGAACACUGGCAAAGUGGCUGCCCUGCUAACGACCCUCGUGCGAAAGCAUGGGAGCGGCGGUUACACUGCUAUCAGCUGGUGCUGGACUCGCUGUCAGUGUUCGAGCAGCGGUGUCAACAGCAGAACAUCUCCGACGAGGCCGAACGUGUCCGGAGUCAUGCCUACGAGCUCGCAUUCGAGGGCGAGGACGAGAUGUUCCACUCGACGCUGUAUGACUGGUUGAUUGAGCGGAGGAUGGCAGAUGAGUUGCUCGAGAUGCGCCCGGCAUAUCUGGAAGCACAUCUUAGACGGCAUCCUCUCACGGUGUCCAAAUUGCAACUACUCUGGCAGUUCUACGUCAAAGACGGCCAGCCAUUACGGGCGGCAGAGGUGCUGGCCGCGUUGGCAGAGUCAACCGACUUCGACCUCCCACUCGAUGCACGGUUGGAAUAUCUCACACUGGCAGUUGGCAAUGCGAAGUCUCACCCCGUCUCCGCCGGGAGCAGACAAGAGACGGCGAUCGCAUUCCUCACAGACUUGGAAGAGAAGCUUGAGGUCGCUCAGGUGCAGCUUGAACUCCUCAACACACUCAUGCCACACUUCAAUGAUUCGAGCGAGGCUGGCGAGAAGGUCAGGCUGCUAUCCAACGGCCUCAUGUCGAUUACAGAGCUGUAUCAAGAUUAUGCCGUGGCAUUUGACCUACCAGCCAUCCAACUGCUCGUCCUUCAUGUCUCUGAACACCGAGAUGAGAGUGUCGUGCGCCCUAUCUGGAACAGAAUAUUCGAGGAAGCCAUCGACGACGCCGAUACCGACGUUGCUGCCGACCGGAUCGUGUCGAAAGUGGUGCCCCUCGGGCAACGGUUCUACCCAUCAGAGAGCGCGUUCCCAUUACGACACGUCGCCUCGUUGUUGGUGCGCUUCAGCUUGGCCCACAAAGGCGCGCUCCCGUAUGGUUGGUCACCUCGAAUAUUGGUCCAGUGUGGUGUGCCAUAUCCCGAAGUCUGGGACAUCCUAUACGAGAUGUAUGAGUCUCAGAUCCCGCCAUUCAACGAGCAGGCGAACGUGCAGUCCAUCUCCUCGGACAUCGCUGUGCUCCUCACAGACUGGCUGGAGGAUGUCAAGCGACCACAGUCCGCCGCCUCUCGCAGCGAAUUCCCCGUGUACCGCAUCGACCAGGCGGUCGACCAGUAUCUUGCCGAGCUCAACCCGAGCCGGACAGAAACAAAAGCAGCGUAUGAGACUAUCAAGCGCCAGUUGCGGCGGAACUGGUGAUUAUGCUGCAUGUUGUACAGUAUGGAUAUGCAUCGGAAGUUACAAUAAAUAACACGGACUAUACGAGCAUGCAAAGAUUCGGUACAAUGUGAACUAGAUCCAGCGUCCAUGAAGGUGGAAGGUUUGAGUCAAUGUACAUCGUUUCAGUUGACCUCAAGGAUCACGUCCUCCGCGCGCAAGAGAAGCUGCUUGACAUACUUCUCUGUAAGCUUGUACACCUUGUACAGCGCUC